CUAGUAGUAUCAAGCAGGUCCACUGUAUCAUCAGCAAAGACUAAGGAAUAGAGUGCUGAGUCAGCAGUAUAGCAGGCAUCAUCACUUGCAGAUUUGCAGUUGGAGAGUUCGCAAGCAGCACACGCAGCAUGUCCAUCUCCACCGCUUCCCGCCGCGCUCUGAGCCGGAUCGGCGGCGCCCUCCGGCGGUCCUUCUCGUCGGCGCCGGACUCCGCCGCGGGGUACCAAGUCUCCGGCGGGCCGAGCUUCAUGCGCGCGGCGGUCUUCUGGGAGCCCGGCCGCCCGCUCACCAUGGAGGAGUUCCGCAUGCCGCGCCCCAAGGCCGGCGAGGUCCUCGUCAAGACCAAAGCUUGUGGAGUUUGCCACUCCGAUCUCCAUGUCAUGAAAGGCGAGCUCCCUUUCUCGAGCCCUUGCGUUGUUGGACAUGAGAUCACCGGGGAGGUGGUCGACCAUGGCGCCCACACGCCUGCUGAGAUCGUCAAUAGGUUCCCAGUUGGUAGUCAUGUCGUUGGCGCCUUCAUAAUGCCCUGCGGGAAUUGCUUUUACUGUGUUAAGGGCCAGGAAGACCUCUGCGAGUCUUUCUUCGCGUAUAAUCGUGCAAAAGGAACACUAUAUGAUGGUGAAACCCGGCUAUUUCUACGGAGCAAUGGAAGGCCAGUGUACAUGUACAGCAUGGGUGGGCUUGCGGAAUAUUGUGUUGUGCCGGCCAAUGCACUAGCAAUUCUUCCUAGCUCGUUGCCGUACACAGAAUCAGCGAUUCUAGGAUGUGCUGUGUUCACUGCAUAUGGCGCUUUGAGGCAUGCUGCUGAAAUGCGUGCUGGUGAUUCGGUAGCAGUGAUUGGGGUUGGAGGGGUCGGAUCAAGCUGCUUACAGAUAGCGAAAGCCUUUGGAGCUUCUGAAAUCAUUGCGGUUGAUGUUCUUGAUGAGAAACUCCAGAAUGCUAAAACUCUUGGAGCAACCCACACUGUAAACGCAGCGGAAGAAGAUGCUGUUGAAAAGAUCAAGGAAAUUACUGGUGGGAGGGGUGUGGAUGUGGCUGUGGAGGCACUUGGUAAGGCAUUGACGUUUGCCCAGUGCACCCAAAGUGUACGAGAUGGAGGCAAAGCUGUUAUGAUUGGGCUUGCUGCAACAAACGUAGUAGGCGAGGUGGACAUAACCCGUCUUGUUCGCCGACAGGUCAAAAUCAUUGGGUCGUAUGGGGCAAGAGCCAGGCAAGAUCUUCCUCAGAUAGUCAAGCUCGCAGAGAGGGGUGCCUUCGAUCUCAAGAACGCCAUAUCAAGGAAAUGCAAAUUGGAAGAGGCAAACAGUGCCUACGAGGAUAUGAACAAGGGCAAGAUCAUUGGCCGAGCUGUAGUUGAAAUCAUGUAGUGCUGAUCAUAUGUGGUUGGAAGUCUGGGUCAAACAAAUAAGUGUAGGCUGUGAUAAUAAACUGAUAAUGGAUUCCAUGAACUUGGUAUGUCUUGCAGCAUGGUAUCACUCCCUCAUCUGUGUUGGACGCCAAAAAUUGUUGAUUAAAAUAUGGUUAAAAUUUACAUGGAGAUGUCUGUCAA